UCAGGAAGGGACAAGAAUGACAAGGUUCUGCAAUCUAAAACUUGCAGCAAUGAUCCUGUUUCUACUUCUUCUUCCAAGUUCCAUAUUUUCUGGAGCUACAGCUCAACAAAGAACUUCCAAUAUUAGUCUAGGUUCAUCACUCACUCCCCAUUCUUCAUAUUGGUACUCAGCUUCUGGCCAUUUUGCUUUUGGAUUUUACCCAAAAGGGAAUGGCUUUGCUGUGGGCAUCUGGUUUGCCAAAAUCCAGCAAAAAACAGUCAUAUGGACAGCAAACAGUGAUGGCUCACCACUACCAGAUGAUGUGAUUCUCAGCUUGAGCAGUGAUGGUGGACUCAUCUUGCAGCUUAAUCAAGGCCAGCUGAUACCAAUUGCAAAUGUUCCCCAGCCAGCUUUCUCAGCCUCCAUGCUUGAUUCCGGUAAUUUUGUAAUAUAUGAUUCAGAGUCAAGAAUCAUAUGGCAGAGUUUUGAUUUUCCCACAGACACCAUUUUACCAGGACAACGUCUUUUGGCUGGGAAGAGGCUAGUGUCGAGCAACUCAAGCGCAAAUCAUACAAGCGGAAGAUUUCAACUCUUUAUGCAAAAUGAUGGAAACCUGGUGCAAUAUCCACUGGAAUAUACAGGUGAAAAAGAUUAUGCCUACUGGGUUUCAGGGACAUCUGCUGCUGGAGACGAUGUGAGCUUGAAUCUCGAUAGAAAUGGCCAGUUAUACCUGCUAAAUGCUACUGGCUCUAAUAUAAAGACUUUGAAAGAAAGGGGAAACAUAUCUGGUAACUUGAUCUAUCGUGCAACAAUUGAUGAAGAUGGGAUAUUUCGAUUAUAUUCACAUAAUCUGGAUCACUACGGUAAUUGGUCGAUCGAGUGGUGGUCAUCGGACAACAAAUGUGAUCCCAUUGGCUUGUGCGGUAUGAAUUCAUAUUGUACUCUUGUGAAUCACGGCACAUCAUGUGCUUGUCCUCCGGGUUUUGAUUUCAUUGACCAGAGCCAAAAGCAUUUGGGCUGCCAAAGGAAUUCCAGUGAUGAAGGUUGCAUGGAAUUCAAAGAGAGUAAUUAUAUCAUUCACAAACUGGAAUAUGUAUCAUGGGAAGAUGACCCAUAUGCUACAUUCGGGUCUAACACAGAAACAGAUUGCAGAGAGGAGUGUUCAACAGACUGCAACUGUGAAGCUGCAUUAUUUAAGAACCAAGAGUGCAGAAAACAAAAGUUUCCACUGAGAUUUGGGAGAUUCAAACAAAAUGAACCAGUGGUAACAUUUAUUAAGGUAAGCAUCAGAAGUUCAGGGACAAAAAUUGAGAGCAUGAAAAAAAUGAAAGAGCAACGAAUGAAUAUCCUUAUAAUAGGUAUUGUACUUUUAACUCUUGCAGUCUUUCUGCUAGCAAUUUUUGGUGUUCUAUCAUACAGAUAUCGUGUUUGGAAUUACAAGAAGAUUUCAGGUCAAGGAAAUAAUGCACUAUUUGAAGAUAUCACUUUGAGAUCUUUUACAUACGAUGAGCUCAACAAAGCAACAAAUCAUUUCAAGGAUGAAAUUGGUAAAGGAGCUUUUGGGACAGUUUUUAGAGGGGUGAUAGCAAAUGGCAUUACAGUGGCCAUCAAAAGGCUAGAGAAAGUGGUGGCAGAAGGUGAAAGGGAAUUUCGAAAUGAAAUGAGAGUAAUAGGGAGAACUCACCACAAAAACCUAGUACGACUAUUUGGUUAUUGCCAUGAUGGAACUAAUAGGCUCCUUGUUUAUGAAUACAUGAGCAAUGGCUCACUUGCAGACUUUCUGUUCAAAUCAGAACAAAAGCCAGCUUGGGAGGAAAGAAUAGAAAUAGCCUUGAACAUAGCUCGAGGCAUUUUCUAUUUACAUGAAGAGUGUGAGACCCAGAUCAUCCACUGUGAUAUCAAACCAGAAAACAUACUAAUAGAUGAGAAAGGUGGUGUGAAAAUUGCAGAUUUUGGCUUGUCCAAGCUGCUAAUGCCCAACCAAUCCAAGACAUAUACUGGAGUCAGAGGAACCAGAGGAUAUGUUGCCCCUGAGUGGCACAGAAACUUCCCCAUAACUGUCAAAGCAGAUGUUUACAGCUAUGGAAUCAUGUUGUUAGAAAUCAUAUGUUGUCGAAGGAAUUUAGACAUGCAUGUUCCAGACAAUGAAAUUGUUCUUGCAGAAUGGGUCUAUGAAUGUUUUGAGUCCAAUGAACUUAGGAAGCUGGUCCAACAUGAAGAGGUUGGGGAAACUAAACUUGAGAGAAUGGUGAAGGUGGGACUCUGGUGCAUCCAGGAUGAGCCAUCGUUGCGGCCAUCGAUUAAGAGGGUGGCGCUGAUGUUGGAAGGAACAAUAGACACACCAACCCCUCCUACUCCACCUUCCUUUUCCAUCUCAAUUUAGCUGUAACAAACAUUGCACAUAAGUAACCUUGACCUGAAACCAACAAGAAACUAGUUAAAUGAAUAUUCAAUUGCAUAGUAGUUUUCUGGUGGCGUUUGCUUUUUGUACUAUAAGUAUUUCAUUUGCUAUGUAGACUGCUUCUGAAGCUAAAUUGAAAAGAAUAAAUGUAAUACCAGUUUGUUCUAUAUCAUUAUAAUAAAAAACCCUUCCUUGUAGUGUUUCCUGUAAUCCAAUUAGCCGACAAAAAAAACUCAUCGUUGAAUCCAGUUAACUCAGCAAAAAUGAAACUGAAUGUUCUUCAUGCUCAAUUUUUCAAUAAUCUAAAAGCAUUUCAAGCUUUCUUCACUACACAAGAUUUAUAUUUCUAAUUUGAUCGCUAAGAGCUCUAUACCAGCAGCAAAAAUUGUAAUUGGCAGAUUGAGGAACAAGGGGUUUACCUCUGUGAAAGAUCCAAUCUUGUUGCCUUUGGAAGAAGCAAAUUGUUAUUAUCGAAUGCUGGAGAG